CCUCUCUAACUUGAUCUUUUCCUCCUCGUCUCUUUCUCUCUCUCUCUCUCUUUCUUUUAUAUGAGAGGUUGAUGAGAUCCACAAGAAACUCCACAUUCAUUUGUCACUGAUUUCCAAAUUUGUAUAAAGCAAAGCCUUUGAUCAUCACUAGAUUUGCUUCAAAUUCCAUCAUAUAGGAGCAUAAUCAGUGAUCUAUCAUUGGAGUUAUACUUUAUAUGUAUAUACAUGUAUGUGUUUGAUCCAAACGCAGACGCAGACGCAGGAUUGAGUUUGGAGAUGGCGUUUCCUCAACAUGGUUUUAUGUUCCAACAACUUCAUGAAGACACUAGUCAAGAUCAACUUCCUUCCUGUCCUCCUCACCUUUUCAAUGGAGGAGGAAACUACAUGAUGAACAGAUCUAUGUCUUUAAUGAACGUGCAAGAAGAUCAUAAUCAAACCUUGGAUGAGGAGAAUCUAUCAGACGAUGGAGCACAUACUAUGCUUGGAGAGAAGAAAAAGAGACUGCAGUUAGAGCAAGUUAAGGCAUUAGAAAAGAGCUUCGAGCUUGGGAACAAGCUGGAGCCAGAGAGGAAGAUACAACUAGCUAAAGCAUUAGGGAUGCAACCGAGGCAGAUCGCGAUUUGGUUUCAAAACAGGAGAGCUAGGUGGAAGACUAGACAGCUCGAGAGAGAUUAUGACUCACUCAAGAAACAGUUUGAGUCUCUUAAAUCCGACAAUGAUUCUCUACUUGCCUACAACAAGAAACUCCUUGCUGAGGUGAUGGCUUUGAAGAACAAGGAAUGUAAUGAAGGAAACAUAAUAAAGAGAGAAGCAGAAGCCUCAUGGAGCAACAAUGGAAGCACAGAGAACAGCUCAGACAUAAAUCUGGAGUUGCCAAGAGAGACAACUACGACACAUGUGAACACUAUCAAAGACCUUUUCCCUUCAUCGAUUCGAUCAUCUGCACAUCGUGAUGAUGACCAGAAUCACGAAAUAGUUCAAGAAGAAAGCCUUUGUAACAUGUUCAAUGGCAUUGAUGAAACGACCUCCUCGGCUGGUUACUGGGCAUGGUCUGACCCAAACCACAACCACCACCACCACCAAUUCAACUGAUGCAUCAUCCUAAACCUCUUAAGUAAAAUCAUCAUCAUCAUCUUCACAAUCUAUCUCUUUGAAUUUGACUCUUUGGAAUCAUUGCUACUCUUUUUAUAUUUAAAUUGUUCAUUUUGUUUUCUUUGGGGUUUGUACUUUGUAGAGCAUUGGUGCAUGUAUAGUGCGAAAAUUUGUUGUUGCAUUAAUUUAAUAAAUAAAGUAAAAUCUUUUUUUC